GCUCCAUCGCGCAUGCGCACUGCCUGAGCUCCGGGGCUGAUUAGCAGCAGCAGUGCGAAAAUGGCUAAAGAUAAUUUUAUUUUCGCGCAGUGCAUCCUGUACUUUCUAGCGUUCGUCUUUGGCUUCAUCGCGGUAGUGCCUCUGUCGGAGAACACGGAGGACUUUCGGGGGAAAUGUCUGCUGUUCACGCGGGGAAUGUGGCAGAACGAGAACAUCACAGUGUCCAAACAGCGCUUCAUCAUAGAGGAGUGGGGACCCCAGUCAUCCUGCAGCUUCAUCACUAUCGUGGGCAUCGCCUCUCUCGUGCUGUCCGCGGUUCAGGCCUGGAGACUGCUGUUCUUUAUAUGCAAAGGCCACGAUGACUCCAUAUUCAAUGCCUUCCUGAACCUUCUGAUCAGCUCUUUCGUGGUGUUUGCCGUGUUUCUGUCCAGCACCAUUGUAAGCGUGGGCUUCAACCUGUGGUGUGAUGCCAUUACUGAGGGGGGCAGCAUGCCUAGCAGUUGUGAGGACUUGCAGGACACUGAUCUGGAGCUGGGAUUGGACAACUCUGCAUUCUAUGACCAGUUUGCCAUUGCACAAUUUGGAUUAUGGGCAGCUUGGUUGACCUGGUUGGGUAUCACAGUCAUGGCCUUCCUGAAGGUCUACCAUAACUACAGGCAGGAGGACAUGCUGGACAGCCUGAUCAACGAGAAAGAGUUCCUGCUAGGCCGCUCCUCACGCCGCUCCUCUGACGUGGUGGAUAAGAAAAGUGGCAUGAUCUGAUCUUCUGUGGGGGAAACCCAUGGGCAGUGGAGCAGAAGAUCACUGGCUGAAAUAUGAUGAUUGAGAUGAGACACAACAUUCAUCCACAUGCACUGAAAUCCAGUGGUGCUUGAAAGUUUGUGAAUCUUUUAGGAUUUUCUGUUUCUGCAUAAAAUUGACCUGAAACUUUUUCUGGAAAAAAAGAACCAAAUUAAGCAAAUGAGACAAAAAUAGACGGGUAUUUUAUUUAUUUAUAUAUUUUAUAUGUUAGUGGCAAAAGUAUGUGAAUCUUUGCUUGCAAUAUCUGAUGUGCAGCAAUGACUGCAACUAAAUGUUUCAGACAACAUCCAAUAAUUAGUCCUGCACAUUGGCAUUAUGUGUCUAAUUUUCUACUUUUAGGACCUUUGUGAAAUACUGAUCAAAUUUGAGAUCAAAUGUAUGCUGAAACAUAGAAAACUCAAAAAAAGGGGAUCCCAAACUCAAGCACCACUGUAAGUGCUAAGAUGAUAUAGCAUAGAGGUUACAACAGCUUUUUUCUUAGGACUCAAAAAACUGCAACUUUUGGUAAAGCUGUAGUAACUCUAUAGUAUUAAUCAAUUCUUAAAAACACUGUUUCUGAUACACUAGGUAUAAAUAUUGCUCUUUUUAGACACAUUUCCAACUAAUAUCUAGUUGUAAGUUUACUCUAGUUCUUAUUACCUUGUCUUCAGUGACUUUAAAAUGUGGAUUACAGCUCAGUAUACUCUCUAUGUUUGUUUUACAGCCUACAAUUUACAACCCAAUUAGUUUCCCUUUUAGAGUCCUGGUGAAUAAAUCUAAUCUAAUAGUUAGAAACAGUAUUUAAGUUAGAUUUCAGUAUACACACCAUUUAAUCCUGUAUGGUUUACAGUACUGUACUCUCUUAUCUUUCUCCCUGAGUUAUAUUCUUAGCUCGCUGCUAUUAUCUGUAUGUUUAUGCAUAUAUGAUAAAUAAGAUAAUUCAUGUACAGUUACAUAUGAGAAGGCAAUAUGCGAUCUGUUAUGCUCUGUCCAGCUGUAUAAGUAGCUUGACAUACAUACAAGUACUAAACAUAAAUCCUGCACUUUCCUAAUGAAGACCAAAGGUGAAGCAUUAGGUUAAACUGCACUCUCUUUCAGAUGAAUUGCGCAGUGCAUAGUGUCCAUCAGUGUUACUCUUUUUAUUAUGUUAUGUGGUGGUAUGACAAACAGAGUAUUUGCUGCAUGCUGCAAUAAAAUGUGGUGUGUGUGUGUUUUCAGUAUGAAACAUUUCAAAUAGCCAAAUAACUCUUUUUAAUCCUGUGAGAAUAUUUUAAAUUUCAUUUUUAAAUGUGUUUAUGAAUUAAUUUAGCAAACGCAUGAAUAAUAAUUUCAGUGUAUGUUUGCAACACAGCCAUAUAAACACUUGACAUCUCUGUCCUGUAUGAAAUACAGUCAAUCUGUUAUA